AUGGACCCGCUUGUUGAAAGUUUAUUAAAGUCAUCAAUAGAUGAUGAGGGAGAUCCCACAAGAUCGCCUGACGCCUCUGAUUUAUCCGAUGCAGAGGAAUUCACACAACCUGUCAGGAGUGAUGUCCCAACACAUGGUGGAAGACAAACUGGACCAAAGGGGGUAUUAGCUGAUCAUGCAUAUCAUAAACGACAAAUGCAACAACAAAAAGCAAAGUCAAUAACUACCUAUAAUGAACAUAUGUUAUCAAAAGCUUUAACAACCACCACCUUUCGAGAAGAUGAAAUAAUAAAAGCACAAGAAGAAGAAUUAUUUAAAGAUUUGGAAAAUAUUAGAAAUAAAAAGAAAAGAUUUGGAACAUUGAGAGAAAUAUCAUCAAAUCAAUAUGUGAAAGCGAUAGACAAUGAAUUACCCAAUGUUUCUGUUAUUGUACAUUUAUAUGAGAACUCAAAUCCACAAUGUAGAUUAUUAAACGAAUGUUUAACUCAGUUGGCUAAAAAAUUCGUUUAUGCGAAAUUUAUUCGUAUUUUAGCGCAUGAUCUUGAAUUUGAUCCAAUAGGGUUACCAGCAUUAUUGGUUUAUAAGAAUGGAGAUUUGAUUGCAAAUUUAGUCAAAAUAACUGAUGAAAUUGGUGAAAAUAAUUUUGAUUUCAAAAUUGUUGAAAAUGUUUUAAUUAGGUAUGGAGUGUUAAAUCAACAUGAAGAUAUUGAUAAGGAAGAAGAAUUUUUAUAA